CACAGAACGCUGUCAAGCUGUACCUCGAUGACAACUCCAUUGACCAGCUACGUGACAACUGCUUUGGCCAACUCCCACACCUAAAGGUUCUCACAAUCUCUCGAAAUAAUCUCAAGCAAAUAAGUCGUUGUGCUUUCUGUGGACUGGCUGGUUUGGAACUGCUAGACCUGGAGAAGAAUCAUCUCGACCUCAAUGCGUCCAUGUGGGAAAAUGAACCCUUCAUAGGUUUGUCUCAACUGAGAACUCUUAACUUAUUGGACAACAAGAAUGAUGGCCGUCAAAGUGAGUUUCAUUGCCGCUUACUGAGCGGAAUUUAUAGUUUGGACACUCUGUCUCUGGAUACAUUCUAUGGGAAUCUCACUUUCGGCGUGCUGUUCGCUAAUAUGACGUCACUAGAUCAUCUCACUUUAAGCGGGGGUGUUAGCACGUUAGUGAAUAACUCAUUUCAAAGUCUGCAAACUCUCGGACUCAAAGCACUUACCAUUAAAGACGCCAACAACUUACAUACUACCGAGCUAGAUGCCUUCCAACAUUUACCUAGUCUCCAGUCGCUAAGAAUUACUUCAACAGAACAAGGUAUAGAAGCCACAUUACGAAGCUUGUACCCGUUUCGAAAUCGUUCCAUGAAGACCCUCUACUUUUCCGAUAUUGGCAAAUCUCAGUUCGUCCUCGGGGCUUCUAAAUGCUAUGAUGGGGUCAUAGACGCUUUCAAAGUGGAAUUUUUGUCCCAAAUCUGUGUGGAAAAUUUCUCCUUAUUGGACAGUAGGGUGUUUGUUUUGGAGGGUAACACACUGACUCGACCUCUGUGGCAGAAAUGUGUCCAGACUUUGGAUAUUUCAAAUAACCCGCUUAUCGGAGAUCGGAUUUCCUUUAUCCAACUUAUGCACCAGUUUAAAGUUAUAAAAACCAUUCGGUUAGCGAAUCGAAAAGAGGCAGCAUACAAUUCACAAAGAUGGAAUAAUAAUCCUGUUACUGGAGUGAGAACAUGCAGACAGAAACAUGUGGAUAAUGUUGCACUCACGACAACCGAUGCUUCAGAGUCAGGUCCCAUCAGAUCUUUUCCAACUAAUGUUGCAGAGAGCAGAAAUCUUGAGACAUUCACAAGAAGUAAACUGGAACAAUCCUCACAUAACACAAGUUGUGGGCACAUGGACAAUUCUCAACAAUGCGAGACACUCGCCGUCGAAAAGAUUUCAACCAUUUACUUUUCCAUUCCAAAGACUCUUCAGAUACUUCAUAUGGAGAGUUUUAGCAGAAAUUUGGGGCCCUUUUCCAACAAUAUCAUUGUGACUGGAGGAAAAAAUCUACGGGAACUGUACCUUCCUGGGAACAGUUUGAAAUUUUUAUCUCGAGUCAUCAAGGGUAUCAGUGGUCUUGAGACCUUGGACAUUUCUGACAACGACUGCUCCGUCAUUUCCCCAGUGUUUUUCCAGUUUCUUGCAAGCGUGAAAACCCUCAAAAUCAGAGGGGCUCUGUUAGACAGCAUGUUCAUGUCCACACACAGCGAGCAUUUGUUCCGAUCUCUGACAAAACUCAGGUCUCUGGACUUGUCCAACAAUCAGCUAAACCUUCUAUCCAGAGACACUUUUCAGAAUAACUCUCAUCUCCAGACUCUAAACUUAGCAAACAAUCGGUUCACAACAAUCCCUCUGGACUUGACCAUUCUCCCCAAUCUGACCUAUUUAGACCUCAGCAGGAACUCCAUUUCCCAACUGAGCGUGAAGGACAUGCAGUUAGUUGAACUACACGCUGGCACAGUCACGGAGUUCUCCCUCCACCUAACGGGAAAUAUGCUGGUGUGUACCUGCUCCAGUAUCCAGUUCCUCACCUGGCUCCAGAACACAAAGGUCAACUUGGACAGACCCAUAACCUACAGCUGUCUCACGGAGAACGGGACGCUGACCACCACUGCUGACUUUUCUGACGUCAGAGCUCUGUGGCGGAAGUGCCAGGGGCAAACCGCCCUCCUGAUCUCUGUUAUCGUCCUGUGUCUCAUGUCUCUUGGAUUUGUGGUGACCAUUUUGUGUUGGAAGAUGAAAACACGACUCAAGUCUUUCAUCUACAGGGUUUUCCUUCAAGGAUUCGUUCUGCACAGGCCACGUGAUUACCGACUCGGCGUUCUUAUCGGCUACGCUGACGCCGACACUAGACUGGCCUGCUUCACUCUCAGAGAUUUCAUCCACUCUCGACUUGGUCUGUCCACCUAUGUCAGGGACAUUAACCUACUUCCGGCCUCAGAUAUGGCCGAAUCCAUCGUGGACGCCGUGAAUUCCAGUUGGAGAAUUGUCUUACUUGUGACGUCAGAUUAUCUGGACAGAGACUUGUGGUCGUAUUUCACAAUGAAAACAGCUGCCUACACAGUCAGUCCGUCUAAUCCGGGUCUGAUCGUUGUUCUGUUGGAGGAAACAGUUCGUCACCGGAUCCCGGCCUGUCUUCUCCGUGCACUUGAGGAAGACUGCAUUCUGUAUAUCCCUCCCUCCCGACACUUGUCACGCGACAUAGAAGACAGGCUAGCUCGGUUACUUCUUCCUUCUCACAGCUACGGAUGGUUUGGGCAACAAUAGCCGGUCGUUGAGUGCACUUAAGGAAGACAGCAUUUUGUCUACCCCCCCCCCCCCCCACGAUGCGCAUCACGCGGGCGUAUGCGCAGACUACAAGACUUGCUUCAGACUUGACUGUCAGUUCACUGAAAAUGGGGGCAUUCAAAAUCCCCACGGUCGAAGCUUAAAGGAAAACAACUGAGGUCUUGAAAACACGAACACUGUCGGAUACGUUUGGCUCUAUGUGAGUCUUCUCACAACCCCACAGUUUGUAUUGCAAUGAAUUAGAGGCAUUCAUGUAACUUUUGCUGUUGCCUGUUUUGGUAAAUGUUUUACGAUGCUUGAAAUUGCAUACGGUCGUACCAGCGCGCGGAACUUAUUAAAUAUUUUCAGUUUAGUAGGAGUUAAUUUUGAAUUUUGCCGACGUGGCGGCCGAAGCCUACUCUUAUCG